AUGCUUAUUUUGUGCCUUUUGCCCGUGUCCUCGGCUCAGCCCACCACCGCCGUAUCAGAUCUCGUUGCCAACAUUCCACGAGCGGCUGCGGCUCCAAGUGGAGAGAUCAUCGACGAUCACCACGAGAGAUCGACAUUCCCGGAGAAAACGCGGUUGCAUAUUGGUUCUGACUCGGUGAACGGCGGCAUUCUAAUACCUCGAAGCACAAACUCGGAUAUGCCCACCGCGUUCGACACUGUCUCCUCCAAUUUUGCCAAUGCCACCUGUGUAUCAUUUUUCAAAACGUUCCUCGCCAACACAACAGUAACAGAAUGCCACGCGGUAUCUUUACUAAUGGAAAACUCCAACUCAUUUUUCCAUACCUUGACUUCCGCCCAGGCCACUUCGCGCGUUCUCGACACCGCAUGCUCGGAGCCCCUCUCCAAAUGCUCGACCAUCAUGACCAACCUGGCCUCCCAGAUGCUCUCCGAUAGUCAUUGCGGACAGGACUAUCAAUCAGGCAACUCAUUCGUGCAGGGUGCCUACGAGGACCUGAUGGCGUAUGAACCUAUGUAUCUUGCCACAUGCCUCACGAACGUGGCGACUGGUGACUACUGUUUUGUGGAUGCUGUACAGAACAGUGCCGCCCCAAAUGACUAUAACGUUUAUCUCAUGCCCCUUGGCAGCACAAUCGGUACAGGCAACUUGACUUGUAAUCAGUGCCUGAAGGAUACCAUGACUACUUUCGCCCACUGGGCCGUGGUCGACGGCCAGCCUCUGGACACCACCUAUCUUCCCUCAGCCAGGCAAGUCAAUGAUAUCUGUGGGGCCGGUUUUGCCAAUGUCAAUAUCACUGUCGGCAGCGAUUCAGUCACAUCAGGGGGCCCACUGACACUUCCAUUACCCAACAUCCGAUUCCUUGUCUCGGUAAUUGGGCUAGUGCUCGGGACAAUAACCAUGGGAGUACUUUAA